AUGACCCUCAAAGUUCCAGCGACUCCCCCCAGUCACGGUCUUUUCUUUGUCGAUACCCAGCCCACCGGCACCAUAUCCCAACACGUUGACAUUUGGCGUUCGAUUGACGAGCUUUCUCGUUUGGACCAAGGUUUCUCGGCCACGGAUGUGUUUUGGGCCGUAAUGGUCGUCUGGGGGUUGGUGAAAGUCUAG